AUGUCUCUUCACUCAGUAUGUUCAUGCAUAAGUAUAAUCAGGCUCAGUAAGCCUGAGAUAAAGUCAAGUAAAAAAAGGAAGGAGGACUAUAGAAAGGAGAAAGAGCUGCGCAGCAAAAAAAAGAGAACGCUCCCAUCUCUCAACUGCCUUCAAACCCUCUCCGACUCUCUCUCGCCGGACAUCCCUCAGUCGGAUCCUCCACCGAAUCCCUUAAUCAUCGCCGUCAAAACCCUCCGUGCUCACUUUGACACCACCACCAAUCCUCGCCGCUCCUCCCUCUGUCUAAGCAUCAUCACAUUCUCAACAUCAUUCAACGCCCUCGCCGUUCAACCACCAUCAUUACCGCUCAACAGCUCGCCGUUCAACCACCAUCAUUACCGCUCAACAGCUCGCCGUUCCUUUCUCUCCAAUACUCCCUCCAUAGCAGUUCACUCCGCCGUUCAACCACCAACAACACCACGUUCCACCUAUAUCCGCGAGCAACACACUUCAUUUCUCUUUUCCGCCGAACAACUCUGUCGCAAUAGAAUCGCAAGCAUCGUUUCUGCAAGCAGCUCCCUCAGCAUCUCUCCUCCAUCGUUCAGCCAUCAACCGUUCGCUCACAUCCAUCGCGAUCGCACAACCGAGCAUCUGUCAACUCCGCCAAUGUUCGGUAAACUUCGAUUUCACUACGUUUGUGUUAUUUGA